UAUCUCUUAUCCCCUCCUCCUCUUCCUAUAGUCUCACAGUCCCCUCUAGAAAAUAUGUCUUCGGCUUAUUGCCCCUCCCUCGUGGCGGUUUCCGCCGCAGCCACCGUUUCCUCCGCCGCUACCUCUAACCCGUUAUUCUCCUCCCACUCAAAUUUCAAACUCUUGUAUCGCAUCACACCAAAACCCUUCAAACUCGUCGCCAAAUGCCCUACUCCUCUGUUCCUCCAUCCAAAUACCCGUCGCCACCGCCUCCUCUGCGCCGCCGAAGACGAAAUCCCGCCGUCAUCCGAAGAAGAAGACGAAGAGGACGAAGAAGAAAACGAAGAAGAAGGCGAAGAAGACGCAGAUGGGACACAGACUACUACGCAAGCGAGCGUUGAGGAAGGGAGGCUGUACGUUGGGAACUUACCUUACACAAUCACUUCUUCUGAGCUCUCCCAACUCUUCGGAGAAGCUGGUAACGUCGUCGAUGUUCAGAUUGUGUACGAUAAAGUCACUGACAGAAGCAGAGGGUUUGGGUUCGUGACCAUGGGAACCAUUGAAGAAGCUAAGGAAGCGAUUCAGAUGUUCAACAGCUCCCAAAUCGGUGGUCGGACGGUGAAAGUGAACUUCCCGGAGGUGCCUAGAGGCGGAGAGAGAGAAGUGAUGAGGACUAAGAUUCGUGAUAGUAACCGGAGUUAUGUUGACAGUCCUCACAAGAUCUAUGCGGGAAACCUUGGUUGGAAUCUAACCUCGCAGGGUCUUAAAGAUGCGUUUGGAGAUCAGCCUGGUGUGCUUGGUGCUAAAGUUAUCUACGAAAGGAACAGUGGGAGGUCUAGGGGGUUUGGUUUCGUGUCUUUUGAGUCGGAAGAAGAUCUUCAGUCUGCUCUGAGUGCUAUGAAUGGUGUGGAAGUUGAAGGACGAGCGCUGAGGCUGAACUUGGCUUCGGAGAGAGCUACUACGGAGCCUCGGUCUUCUGUUGCAGAAGGAGUGACUGAAGAGGGUAGUGUAGGGAGCAGUGAGGUGCUUUCGAACAUUAGUACAUGAAGCGGCAAAAGCAAAGUAGAUUCUUCCGAGGGCUAGAAAAUGAAAGUUUUUAUGAGUUAUGACUUUAUGUUGUUGUACUCUACUGAGGCUAAAGAAGAAGAUGAUAUAUGAGAUAAACAACAGGAGAUUAGCGCUGUAAUCUUAUUAAGAAAUGCAUGUUCCACCACUAAAUGGUGUAAUAUAAGAUCUUUCUAUCCCAGAGAAGUGCAUAUUUUUGGUCA